AUGGAGGGCCACGGAGAGCUGGUGACCUUGGAGGAGGGCUGGACCAAAUUGCGUCUCCAGGGAAUUGAAAAGGUUCAGAGAUUCCUGGAGCAGCGACCUGAGCGAGGCCAUACUACGAAACGCGUCUGUGUGGUGUCAAACGAGGACUACGCCGCUAUAUACACGAUGGUCUACACGAUGUGCACACAGCGGUCUCCAUACAAUUUCUCACAGGACCUGUAUCACCUCUAUGGAGACUCCAUUGUUCGCUACGUCCACUCAACGGUCCUGCCCUCUCUGGAGAAUCGGAGAGGUUCCGAUCUCUUAGAGGAGUUGCUCUGUCGGUGGGAGAACCACCGCACCCUUGUGAAGUGGCUACAAAAGUUCUUCGCCUAUUUGGACCGUUACUACGUCAAAAUGUACAUGGAGGCUCCCCUUGUAAAGAGAGGAAUUGCGAUAUUCAAGGACCAUGUCUUCGAACGAGUGAAACAGCCGGUGUCUGCUGCAAUUGAGGAAGCGAUCCGGCGUCAACGGGAAGGAGAAUCUCUUGAUGAGGAGAGCGUGGCGCAGCUAGUAUGCAUGUACAUUGGGCUUGAUCCUGAAGAUGAGGGCUUAGGCCUGUAUCAGCGUGAGUUGGAGGAUUUGCUUCUAGCUUCUACUAAGCAAUUUUACGACCGCAAAGCGAGAGAGUGGAUAGCAAGCAGUACCUUUGCCGAGUACCUGCAACUUACAGAGGCGGCGCUUGAGGCUGAAGCGCGCAGAUGCGAGAGGUAUCUUCACAGUAGCAGCAGUAGCAAACUGCUGGGCGUCGUCGUCAAGAGCACCUUGCAGCAACACCAGCAAGAACUGCUAGAGAAGGACACGGCUAUUCCCUUUUUGCUUGCUGGGGAGGGGCGAGCUGAAUUGAGGCUGGCUCAUAGGCUGUUUGCCCUCGUCGAUGGAGCUGUCGAGGACUUGGCGAAGCAGUUUAAGAUGUACAUCUCAGCAUGUGGGGAAAAGCUAGUGCAGCAACGGAUUGCCGCAAUGCGAGAGACACAGCAGAUGAGGGCGCAAGGUUCGAACAGCAGCAACAGCAACGCAGCUCUGUCACAGCAGCAGCAAAGGCAACAGGAUAUUAUAUGUGAGCACCGAUUUGUGGAGAGCGUUCUGGAUUUACACGACCGAUUCAAGAGUAUUACGCUGGACUGCUUCCGCGCUCAGCCGCGAAUUUCGCAGGAUACUUUUGGGUCUUCAACCCGGCCUGCUCCCCAGGCUGAUUCCUUAUUUCAGAAGGCAUUAAAAGAAGGUCCGUACUGUGUUCUCGCCACUACGCGCUCAUCACAAUAUGGUGUACCUGUCUUUCCGGAACGUCACAUCAUUGUGGGCCUCUUUCCGUGCAUGCGUUUUCCUGGAGCUUUUAUUGCGUUUUCCCUCAUUGCCUCAGCAUUCGAAAGCUUUGUCAACGCGCAGUCUCUGCAGCCACCCUUUGCGCAGUUAUUGGCCUCGUUCUGUGAUCGGAUCUUGAGAAAGGCAGGAGGCGAGAGAAUGGGUGACGAAGAAAUCGAAGAAUGCCUAAUGAAGGUAGUGGAAAUAUUUAACUACGUAACUGACAAAGACCUCUUCGCUGAACAGUACAGAACGCAGUUAGGUCGCCGGCUGCUGCACGAGACCUCUGCAUCACUUGAGUUGGAGCGGCUACUGAUAGCAAAGCUACGUCUCAAGUGCGGUGCACACUUCACAGCAAAAGUCGAGGGGAUGGUUAACGACCUACAAGUUGCUGCUGGUCUAAUGCGUGCUUUUCAGCAGCAGCAGCAAGAAGAGCAGCUGAAGAAACAAUCAGAUCAGCGUGAUCAAAGACUGGAUGACUCUGUAGCCUGCCUCAAGGAUGCAUCCGUCCCAUCGGCCUCAUUGGAGACGGUGAUGAUAGCACCUGAUUUACGUCUACCACCCGAAUUAGCUCAGUGCGUUGGGGCCUUCGAGCAGUUUUACGCAUCGCAAACUCAGCACCGGAAGCUAACAUGGGUUAAUUCUUUAGGGACUGCCCUCGUCGCUGCCCAGCUUCAGAAACGGCAAGAUCUCAUCUGUAACACAAUGCAGGCGACUUUGCUACUACGAUUCAACAGGAAGCAAGAUGACGGCACCAGUGGUAACAGCGGUUGCUGCGCAGGUGACCCUGCACUGUCGGUGCAGCAGCUGGUGGAAGACUUGCGCCUUGAUGAGUUGACAGUAAAGAAACUGCUAGGCUCGCUGAUGCUUGGCCGUUUCAAAAUACUCAAGAAGGGCGAGAACGACAUGUUUCAGGUGAAUGGAAGCUUUUCAUGCCUUCACCGAAAAAUCAAGCUGCCGACUCCCGUGCAGGAAGAAACACAAUGCCGAGCUCGUGUUGAGGAGGACCGGUCUAUUACCGUUGACGCGGCAAUUGUGCGCAUCAUGAAAACACGCAAGAGCUUAUCACACCAACAGUUAGUAGGAGAGGUCAUGGCCCAGCUACAUUUCUUCCAGCCGCCCGCGAAGCUUCUGAAGGAGAGAAUACAAGACCUGAUUGCCAGGGAAUUUUUGGAAAGGGAUAAGGACAAGCCUACUCAAUACAACUACGUGGCAUGA